AUGUCGUUCAAUUGCACUCGAUGUUGGCGAUGCUUCAACUCGGCGCACGCCCAAUGGCAGCACAUGGUCGACAAAAACCACUUCGAACAUGAAUGUUCGUGCUGCAAUGAGACACGUCCGACAGAGGAGUCGCGGAAGGAACAUGAGGUUGACGUCCACCACUACUGUGCCGACUGCAGCCGCUAUUUCAUGAACCUCAACAACAUCCAGCAGCACCUGCGCUCGUCCGUCCACCUCGGCGGCUCUAUCAGCUGCCCCUUCUGCCAGCGCGGCUUCACCUCCGCCACGGGCCUGGUGCACCACAUCGAGAGCAGCGCAUGCCCCAAGGCCGCCGGCCUUGACCGCGACUCCGUUUACAGGAUCGUGCGCCAGAAGGACCCGUCCGGCGUCAUCUCCAAAAACCUCAUCGGCUGGACGGGCUCCGACUCCUUCGAGGCCACCGGCAGGGCGUGGAACCCCUACCUGGGCGCCUUUGAGUGCUACCUCUGCAGCCGCACCUUUACCCAGCUCUCCAGCCUCAAUCAGCACCUUCAGUCUCCUGCUCACCAGCAGAAGUUAUACCAUUGUCCGAAAUGCCCCAAGGAGUUCGUCAGCCUUGCUGCCAUUGUCAAUCAUUUUGAGAGCGAGAGCUGUGGCUACACUCGAUUCAGUACGGUGCAACAGGGUGUUCGGGGCCUCACGGAUGGUAGCCGUCUACUUGCCUUCCGCUGA